CUAAAUAAACCUGCAUAAGCUCAGGUAGGUGGUAGAGGCAGGUAGGUAGGUACCUCCUACACACUACAGACUACGGGAUGUGUCAUGUAGAUGAACAUUUCCAUACUGAUGACAGGGCCCCCCAUGUCACUCCAAGGCCCUGGAACGGGACGACGGGUUGGGACGAUUGGAGUAGGCCGUAGGGGCCUCCAUGGUGGGCCUCCCGAGGCUCCCAUGGCCCGUAUGCGGACCUUCCAUUGCCAGCCAGCCAGCUGUGGAGUGAUAUGACAGCCUUCCACACAUUUGUACAGCACUCUAAAAAGUAGAAUGGACUUUCCCGUUGAAUUGAUUGUUCUUGCGAUGGGUGGCAAACUGGGAAGCUUCCCCUUGGCUUCCUUAAACAGGUACGUAGCGCAUUAGCAGUACCUAGAUAUAACAAUGAUGGGCAGGUCUUGGGUAGGUGGACGGGGCCAACGGGGUGGACGGGGCGGUGGAGGAGGUGGUACUGGAGGCCGUGGUGGCCAGCAAGGCGUUGGCGGACACCAGGGCGGCCGGGGUGGCCAGGGAAGCUUCCACGGUGGCCGAGGAGACUUUAGAGGAGACUCCCGUGGUGGCGGCCAUGGUGGUGGCCAUGGUGGUAGCCAUGGUGGUGGUGGCCAUGGUGGUGGCCAUGGUGGUGGUGGCCAUGGUGGUGGCGGAUUCCAGGGUCCAAGAGAGCGCGAAGAUGCCGUUCAUGGGGCGAACACGCAAAUCCCUCAGCCUGAUCCACAGGUUGCUGAACUGGAGGACGACUUCGUCCGUGACCAGAGCGCCGAACUUGCCCAGCUCACCGGGCAAAUAAGCAAGCUCUCGGUCACCAGCCAGACCUCCACCGACUUCUUUCCCUAUCGCCCUGCCUUUGGCGCUGCUGGGCAAAGGGUCACCCUCUGGGCAAACUACUUCAGGCUUGACGUCAAGCUCCAGACCUUGUUCAAGUAUGCCAUUGAGGUUUCUCAUAAACCGGCUGAGGAAGAGGGUAAAGAUGCCAAGCCAACCAAGGCAGGAAAAGGCCCUAAGGGGGCCGAGAAGGCCAAAGAGGCCAAAGGACGGAAGCUGCAGCGCAUCAUUCGGCUGGCUCUAUCUAAGCUGCCGGCAGAUUCUACUUUCGCUACCGAAUACAAAGCCCAAGUCAUCUCCCUGAAGAAUCUGGUCCUCCCCAGCGACUCUGUUAUCCAGGUCGAGUACACUGAACCUGGCCGGGACAGAAGAGAAGCAUGGAAAGUGAGGUUCAGUGGCCCAACCCCAAUCCAUGUUGACCGUUUGAUGGAAUAUCUGGCCGACAUGAGGGAUCCUGCUGGAGACGCCAACUUCCCCAAGUUCCCUGAUGAGGUUGACGCCCUUGGCAUAGUCCUCGGGCACACAGCCCGGGCUGAUCAAAAUGCAUCUGGAUUUAUGCGUAAUGACAGUGCCCUUUCCAUUCUUCGAGGCUACUUCCAGAGCGUCCGCCCGGCUACUGGGAGACUCUUGCUGAACACCAACGUCACCCACGGAGUCUUCCGCAAUCCCUUGCCCCUUGCGGUCCUGUUUAAGAACCUGAAACUGGACAAAAUGAAAGAUCAGGGACAGCGGCCGGACGUCAUUCGCGAGUUGAGAAAGGUCCACAAGCUCCUCAAGCGUGCUCGCGUCGAAUGUCAGUUCCUUUCGCCGCAAGGCGAGAAGGCCGAAGUCAGGGAGAGGGUUCUCUGGGGCCUUGAAAGCUCGAGGGACGGCCCGGCCGAGAACAGGCCACAAUUUUCAGCCGGCGACUUCGGAGGUCCGAAAACGGUCAGUUUCUACUUGAACGAGCCAUCACCUGGCCAACAACGCGUGAGCGGCUUGGAAUAUAACCAGUACUGCACUGUCGACAAGUACUAUCAAACCAGAUACAAGUACACCCCGAACUCAUCCCUGCCCCUCGUCAACAUUGGGUCAUCUGCCAAGCCGGUACAUAUCCCAGCUGAAUUGUGUGUCAUCGUGCCGGGACAGCCGAUGAAGGUGAAGCUAUCUGCUCACGAAGCAGACUCCAUGAUCAACUUCGCAUGCCGGUCUCCCCCCAGUAAUGCGAAGUCAAUCACCACGUCUGCACGGGCGUUGCUGAGUUUCGAUAACAACAUACUCCUGUCUUCCUUUGGCAUUUCUGUCGCCAAGCAGCUCGUCACGGUCAUGGCGCGUGAGCUCACGCCCCCAUUGGUUGUCUAUAACAAGCCCCAUCAAGCUAUCACCCCCCAAGCUGGUUCCUGGCUCAUGAAGAAGGUCAAAGUUGCCAAGGCCGGAACUCCCAUCAACAGGUGGACUUUCAUCUACGAUAGAGGCAGCAAGAACGGACCUAGUUUGAUCAGGCAGACUGUCGAUAAAUUUGUCACUUUCAUGAGGGACAACAUGGGCAUAAAUAUGAACCCCAAGCCGAACCCAGCCAACGACGUUGCCGCCUACAACAUUGUCAAGAAGUUGGCAGACGUCGAUUUCGGAAUCCAUACGGUCUGUGUCGUCGAGGAGAAGGUCCUGGCGUCUAAUGGCCAGCUCGGAUACUUUGCAAACGUCGGCCUCAAGGUGAAUCUCAAGUUCGGUGGUGUUAAUCACCUGCUCAGGGAUGAGAGCGGCCUAAUCAAGUCGGGCAAGACCAUGGUUGUGGGCUACGAUGUCACCCACCCUACGAAUCUGCCCGCGGGCGCGGGCGCGAACGAAGCGCUCCCCAGCAUGGUCGGCAUUGUUUCAAGCGUCGACAAGAAUCUGGAACAGUGGCCUGCCAUUGCCUGGAACAACCCCGGAGGCGACAUUGUCAUAUUCCGCGAUGGCGUGUCCGAGGGCCAGUUCCGCACCGUUCUAGAGCAGGAGCUGCCGCACAUUCGGCAGGCCUGCGAGCUGAUGUACCGCUCAUCGCAGCCGCGCAUCUCUCUGAUCGUGUCGGUGAAGAGACAUCAGACUCGGUUCUAUCCCACCGACCCCAAUCACAUGCACGAGAAGUCGAAGAGUCCCAAGGAGGGCACUGUAGUUGACCGCGGGGUCACGAAUGUUCGCUACUGGGACUUCUUCUUGCAGUCUCAUGCCUCGCUGAAGGGCACUGCCCGACCGGCGCAUUACACGGUCGUCCUCGACGAGAUCUUCCGCGCCGAGUACCGCGCCGAGGCUGCCAACGCACUGGAGAAGUUCACCCACGACAUGUGCUACCUCUUCGGGCGCGCAACCAAGGCCAACGAGUUGUUCGACGACAUGUCCGAUACCGCAUCUAACUCCUCGGCCGGAAAUAGGCGCCAGACCGUCAUGAACCGCAAGGUCCACGAAAGGCUGGAGAAUAGCAUGUACUACAUCUGAGGCGAUUCGAAUUGCGGGCGUCCCCAAGAAAAGGAGGGGGGGGAGUUGGUGGCGAGGCCUUGAAAUAUCGUGCUAUGGUUUCUUAUUCUAGUUUGCUUUAUGUUGCCCGGGGUAUGCUAUUAUUUCUCGAGGGGAUUUUUUUUGGCCAGUAUUCGGCGACGAUGAAGCUCCAAGUAGCAGUGUUUUUCAUGAACCAUAGCCACAUAGGAUUCGGUAGCUUGGCCAUAACAAUUAAUUCUCUCGGACUUAUGGCGGCUCUUCUCGAACUUCACAUGUGGAUGUAUGUACC